AUGUUUCUUCCAGAGGACCUCCUAUUCAAGCAGGGUGCCCUUGCGCACGUCUGGCUCGCUUCGAACCAGCAGAAGAAGCUUACUAAAGCUCAAGUGCUGCAGCACAAGAUCCCAGAGAGUUGUGAGGUCAUCAUCCGACCAGAGGUGGCUGCUGGCGGUCCACUUGCGUUGCGAUUGAACGCGCAGUUGCUUCUCGGUGAGGUGCGCAUCUACAGCAAGAAGGCGCACUAUCUCCAGGAUGACUGUCAAGAGGCCUUGUGGAAGAUCAAGAUGGCUUUCCGUCCCGGAAACAUCGACCAACCUGCUCAUACUCAUGUCGCCAACCCUACCAACUUGAUAUUACCAGACCAAAUCACCGACCUUGAUCUGUUGGCUCCCAUGCCCGACCCGUCGUUCCUUCUCUCACAGCCUCUUGGUGGCAGUCUCGACCUUGGCAACACCACAGUACCCGACUGGGACAACAGCCAGUUUCUUUCCGGUAGCAUUGAACAGGCGCGUAUGGAACCUAUGGAACUUCCGGAAGAUGAUCUGGACCUGGACAUUGGAGAGGGCGAUGUCUUGCAGCCAACAACAGCCUACGAUGAGGGCACCAGCAUCGAGUUCGGCCGUAACGCACCUUUGGAACGACGUCGGUCUGAGGAAUUUACUGGACUGGGCAAGGAUCUGAUCGUAGACGACGAUGAUCUCGGCAUAGAUAUUGGCGAAGAGCCUCCAACUGAGCUCGCACGUGGCCCGCAACUCAACCUGGACGAUGACAUGGAUAUUACCAUGGGCGGCAUAGAUAUCAUGGAUACGGAGCUCCCAGUAGGCGGGUCCAUCGCUGGCGACUUCCCUGUGCGACAACGCGAGGAAUCGCCACUAUCCGAGCUGGGAGAAGAAGAGGCCACACGCCUUGAGCAGGAGGUCGCCGAGCAGCAUGCUACCAUGUUCGAGCCCGAGCAAGAGCAGGAAGAGGAAGAAUCCGUCCAUCAAGCCCGCGCCAAGCGCAGGAGGGUCAUUGGAGCCGACGCUGAGACUAUGAUCUCAAGCCACCAGCUGAGGGAGCAACAGAACAACCGCGAAAAGAUCCUUAAGCCUGCUUCGUUCCUGCCUCGCGAUCCUCUUCUGAUGGCCCUGCUUAACAUGCAGAAGUCUGGAGGGUUUGUCUCGAGCAUUCUGGGCUCUGGCCGAAGUCAAGGCUGGGCUCCAGAGCUUCGAGGCAUUCUUUCCCUCGAGGUCAUCUCACGUCCAGCUCAGAAGCGUAAGCGUGAUGGUGCGAUUGCGGACAAUGGUGCCACGGAAGAUGAGGCAGUAGCCGAAGGAGAGAAGACCCCACAGUUGCAGCUGGAGUUUGAGCAAGAUGAGCCAACUUUGGGUGACAUUGGCAUUGGUGGAGAUAACGAGCCCACGCUUCGAUCGGAUGACAUUGUUCAACUUCCCGAUGAUCCUGGUUUCCAGCAGAUUGGUGACGACGACGAGGAUAUCAUGUCGCCCAUCCCAGACAACUUCGACGACACAACCGCGCCGCUAGUCCACCCCGAUGAAGCCGGACCAGUAUCACUAGGCACCAAACACGCCGUUCAUUUCUUGCGGGAGCAGUUCGGACCGGAAGCUGAAGAGAGCGAGUCGGAACGACAGAAGAACAGCAUAGUCUUCCAAGACGUCUUCCCAGAGACCCGCACAUCACGAACAGACGCGACGAAGAUGUUCUUCGAGAUGCUGGUACUGGCGACCAAAGACGCCAUCAAGGUUGAGCAGCCAGCCAACGAGCUUGGUGGCCCUCUACGCAUUCGCGCUAAGCGUGGUCUAUGGGGACAAUGGGCAGAGACCGGUGCUAGUGGCGAGCUGGCGUCUGAGGCCCAGGCUGCACCUACAGGAGACCCCGACGCGCCUGCUGAGGCUAUUUUCCAGGGACCAUCCGAGGUGUCGGUAUCCGCGUAG